CAAAUAAACGUAACGGCCGAAGAGUUUUUUGAAUUAUUUCAUGAAUUUAUUUAAUAUUUUUUGCAUAUUUCCCGACUAAAAAAGCACUGAAAUGGAUAGACAAAACGCCUUAAAAAGUAGAGACCGGUUUCUGAAGUUAUCUUUGAAGAAAAAUCGGCCGAUAUUCAGUGAAGAAACGAGGAAACAAAAUCGGAGCUCCGACUGCAUCAUUCUUGACGAGUCUUUUGAAAGGCUUAGGUCAGAUUUUCCAAAGAAAUUACAAUCCAGUCCAAAGAUUUACUCUCCCAUAGUUAUUGAUGACUCUGAUGAGUUGUGUGAUGAUCUCCCACACGUCAUAUUUGACAAGGAACCUAGUAAGGCUGGCAACGUGUCAUUCAACUGCUCAAAAGAAGAUGCCUCACCGGUCACACAGUCUCGACCAAGUAUCGGCGGGUGGUCGCCAGCACAAAGCAUAUUAUGUGCUACACCGAAAUACAAAACCAUACCGUCUACUCCAAGAGACGUAGCCAACGAGUCUUUAGAAGACUGUACAAUGAAAACAAUACAACACUCUCAGAAAAAGUUACUCAACGAUUUGUAUGGAGAAACAUGGAAAUCUAUACCUACAUUAUUCAAAACGAUAAAGCAGAAGUACGACAGCAUAGAAGGAAUUUCAAAGAAACUAUACUUUAACGAUGAUGAUGAUAGCGACAAAGAAAAUAUCAGAAAACAUUUGGAAAUAAACAGGAAGCUUUAUUUAACCGGUUCAGAUACAAAAUCACAAUCCAGAAAUGACGUUACUGACAAUAAAAAAUCUAAAAAGAAGUUAUACACUGAGAAAGUACCUAGUACCCCAGAUAUACCCAGGCAGAAACCGGUCAAACCUAGAAAUGCAAGUACAACGGUCAAGAAAAAGAAGGGAAUGUCCGUAACAGAGUUGGUUGAAACUAUGAAAGAUGACGUUGAACUGUUGACGAGAAAGGUAGAAAGUGUUCAUGUGAAGGCUAUUAAUGAUGUUACAAAGACUCCAGAGAUAAACCGACUGAGUUUUGUUGGAUCUUUGGCUGACAACAUCCCCUCCUGGCGCUGCCACACAGAAGCCCUCCAAUACCACGAUAACUAUAAGACACUCCGCGAACAACUCUCUCGGCGACUGUUCGUGGAGUUCAACAGCAAGGUGUUUGCUGACCAACUGGACGCUGACAUGAGCAUCACUUGGGACACCAAGCUUAGGAGCACUGCUGGGACAACAACAAACCGUCUAAUAAAGAACGCUAGCGGCGACAGGAUCCGCACGUCGAGCGUCAAGUUGUCCAGCAAGGUGGUGGACGGCCCGCAGCGGCUGCGGGACACGCUGGUGCACGAGCUGUGCCACGCCGCCACCUGGCUGCUGGACGGGGAGCUGCGCGCUGGCCACGGCCCGCUCUGGAAGAAGUGGGCAACGCGUGCUCUCCGCGUGUUCCCGGAGCUCGGCGAGAUUUCCCGGUGUCACAACAUGGAGAUACAUUACAAGUACUCUUACAAGUGCACGCAAUGCGGAUACAGCAUACAACGCCAUUCAAAAUCAAUAGAUGUUACCAAGAAAUGCUGCGGUUAUUGUCGCGGCCACUUCGAAGUUAUAGUCAACAAGAAGAAAAAGGACGGAGUUAUAGUUUCAACGCCAGCUAGAAAGGGGGGUCCGAACGACUUCGCGUUAUUCGUCAAAGAAAACUACAGUACGUUCAAAGAUGGCAGUAAAACUCACGCGCAAGUUAUGAAGAUAUUAGGCGAACAGUUUUCUGCUAAGAAAAAUAAGGUUGAUACUUGACAUUUUUCUUGGAGAAAACUGUAGGUGAAAUUUUAUAGAGUAAUGUUCUUAGAAUUCCCUUAAAAGAGGAGUAUACACUUGGUUGGUUCGGUUCGGGAAUGGAAAUGGAAUUCCGUAGUCUCUGCUUACCCCGGUGGGAAAUAGGCGUGAGUUUAUGUAUGUAUGUAUGGUUCGGUUCGAAAGAUUGUCACUUAAGACCUAAUAUUAUGUAAUAUUAUCGCUUAAGGGUUAUACUAAAACCACCUAAAAAUAAAACAGAGACUAAAAAUAAUACCAGUGCCGUGUUUAUCAAAUCUUACAAGUUUAUGCGUUCACAAGCUACAAGUUACCAGUACGUGUAAAUUACUUUUAUCAAAAAAAAAAAUACAGGGAUUGUAAAAUAUACUUGAGAAAUAUAUAUUGACACUUGUAACAUGUUAUUUACAUGCGUAGUUUUGAUAAAUACAUUCUUGUAAUAACGAAAAUUUUUACAAGAAAAUUUCUUGUAAGACAGGACCUGUAAGUUUUGAUAAACGGAGCACAGGUUUAUUAUAGUACCUACAAUGUAGGUCCUACAUGUCACGUAAGAACGUGACGUCGACGGAUUUUAAUGAAACUUGUCAAUACAAGUCAGUAAUUCAACGCAAUAGCCUUUCGUGGCGCAGACUUUUAAACCUAGUGUUAUGUUUAGUCUUCAUUUCGUAAUAAGGCGGAGAGUGUUUGUAAAUUGUCUUGUGCCUCUGUCUACCCCGUUAGGGAUAUGAGCGAGAGUUGUACUAAUGCUAACGGACAUAGUAUCGUUACCUUAUAGUCGAAACCACAUACAAUACACAGGGUGUUAGUAACACCGUAACGAAAACUUUGAGGGAUGAUUCAGACCAUGUUUCCGAGUUGAUAUCAAGUGGAUAUUUCCAUCAGAAUUAUGGUAUGAAUCAUCCCACUCAGUAUUCGUUACGAUGUCAUUAAAACAACAACAAAAAAGGCGCUUACGAUUUCUUUUGAUGUAUAAAUACAGGUUAUACAUCAAAAGUUUUUUUUUAAUCAUAAUAACAAAAGGCUAUGCUGAAUAACGCCAUUUUUGUAAUUUUUAAAGAAUGUAUGUAACCUGAGGAGGAGCUCGGUGGCGCAGCGGUUAACGCGCUCGGUCUGCGAUUGUUGAAGUUAAGCAACUUUCGCAAAGGCCGGUCAUAGGAUGGGUGACCACAAAAUAGUUUUUCAUCUCGAGCUCCUCCGUGCUUCGGAAGGCACGUUAAGCCGUUGGUCCCGGCUGCAUUAGCAGUCGUUAAUAACCAUCAAUCCGCACUGGGCCCGCGUGAUGGUUUAAGGCCCGAUCUCCCUAUCCAUCCAUAGGGAAGGCCCGUGCCCCAGCAGUGGGGACGUUAAUGGGCUGAUGAUGAUGUAACCUGAAAAGUCCCAAGUCCCUCAUUCUUUUACCCGGAGGUUUUAUUGAUGAAAAUCACAUUAGCGGGCUUAGCACCGUAAGCGUGCGACUCUUUUUCGCCUCGACAUACGUCACCCGUCACUCUCUCACAAUACUGCACAGAAAGAGACAGACGAUCUUUUUCGCGGCGAGAAAGAGUCGCGUGCUUACGGUGCUAGGCCCGCAGAAUGUGACAUUUCAAACAGGCGCUUACAAGGUUUUGACUAUAAGAAGACAUACAUUGUUUUAUUGUAACCAUAAGUGAUACUUUUUCUACAUUAUGAGAGCCGAGCCGAACCAGUGUGGCAAACCUAAGACUGAUAAAUCCCCACUAAAUAUUUUACCAUCAUAAAAAUCAAUUUUGACACAAUGUUUACAGUUGUACAUUUUUGACUUAUAAUUUAACUUUGCGAGGUAAGUAUACUUAUUUUAUAAUUUAUCAUUUUCAUUUCUAAGUUUGUACAUAAGAUAUUUAGAGACGUUUGUACUGGUUACAAAGAAUUUAUUUUAGUAUAAUUUGUAAUACUAAUUAAUGCCAAUAUCAUGUGUUUUUUUAAAUAAUUGUCUUAAGCUAUAUUUAUAUAGGUAAUUUUGUAAUGUAAUUACGUAUAUUUAGAAUGACUGUUAUGUAACAAUUACAAGUUUUGUAAUGAAAUAUAAUUGAAUACGCUUUAUAAAAUGUAUCUACAGUAGCUGGCUGAAAAAAUGCACACCAAUCCUUGGAAAGACAUAACAAUUAGUUUCGGUUUUAUAAAACGUCGUAUCUGGCUGACGUAACUAUAACAAUCGUGUAUUUACAAGGAGCUGUUAAAACCACAUUUAUUAAUAGUCACUGUGGUACUUUGGUUCCUCGGCUGGCUUCUCGAACGGGGAGCACCGCGCCGGUUUGAACUUCGGUACUGGACUUGCACCAACGAGUUAUUAAUUUAUCUUAAAUGAAGUUUUCACUUACACAAUUGGCUCGACCGUUAUAGAGGGCGAUACGGCUCACCUAUCACGUUGGACUAACAGAAAGCCCGGUGAGGUGUGGAUACUUAGUUCAUCUCGCGAUAAGGUAAGGCGGCCGACAUUCAAUAAAAGGUAUGGUGUUGAAGUAUUGACUUUGUUUCAUAAUAUAUUAUAUAGAUUCUAAUUUAAUGUUCUUUUCGAAAAUCCAGGGCCGCUUUCAACGACCGAUCAGCGAGAAAACGUCACGUUACAGAAUCGAUGUUCUACAAAGCCGAAAAAUCCCAUUGUGUCUUCCCAAAGCUCGAUAUGUAUUAUUUUCUGACGGCCAUUAAGUACUGCUUCUUGUUUUUUAUUUGUCACCCCUCAAAAGUUAGCUAACGUCCUAACGUGUAUCGUGCGAUCUACAUUUUUUAUUAUUUUUGCCAAUAGUAGUGACACAUAAACUAAAUUUUACAUUGCAAAUUAUUUUUUUAAUACAUGUAUACUCGGAAAUUGCCUUAUAACUGUCGUACAAAGUAAGCGGGAAUGAAUAGUUCAUGAAAAAAUCGGUUACCGCCCGCAUUCGAAAUUUAAAUUUUAACAUGUCAAAAGCAAGUUCGCGGCAAAAUGUUACUAGUGGUAAUGGGAGCUUAGCGUGGCUGUAUGUAUUUAAAUAAAAAAAAAAUAACCCAAGGGAAUAAACAAAUUAAAAAAAUUACAAUCGCGCGCGAAUUUUUUUUUAAUUAUUAGGCUCUAUCACAAAAAUUUUAGCUAUAUUCCUUACAGGUAUUGUAUGUAAAAGGACAAUUUCCAAAUCGUGUGUAAUAAGACCCGAUAGUAGUUGGUUCUUCCCUCGGAACAAUGUACUAUUAUCUCUUUCUGUAUUAUUUUAUUUUGGAGCUGUCAAAAUAACAAUAUGUUCAAAAUAUGAAGCUUUAAAAAAAUACUGUGGGUAUCUAAACUAAGUCUGCCGCGUAUAAAGCACCUGUAGGUAUAUUUAGAAACUUACAAUUAUUAAGAAUCCAAAACAUAAAAGUCGGUAGGUGUAGAAACAAGUUGAAAGAACAAUGACAAACGUCAUAAGUCAAAAUGAUGGCAACACUGCUUCACAAAGUAUGUACACCCUGGCCACCCACAAUCUGUACAAGAUAGAGAAAGGAAUAGAAAAUAGAAUCUGUGAAAAAGGGACAACAGUCUCCACAAGAAAGAGAUGGGCAUAAAAAGUAUGAUAGAGACGGCAAUAAUAAUCGUCACACUUCCUCACAACUUAUGCGGUCCGAGUACAUUGAAAGUAAAAGCCUUUAAAAAUGAGGGUAGAAAUAGCGAAUGCUGUCAUGUAAAACGGGACAACAAUAUAGUCUGUACGUGUCACACUGCCUUUCUACGUCAUCCGUUUGCACAAGAAAGAGACGGAGAUAGAAAGUACGAAUUGGUAAGAAAGGGACCACAACAAUAAUUCAAUUUCCACAAGACAGAGACGGCGAUAGAACGAAUGAUAAGGACGGCAAUAGUAGAUGUCAAACUGACUCACAGCUACUGACAAACAUAUAACUGUCUCUUUCUGAUACGUAUAAUAAUUCCAUUUAAAAAAGAAGACAAACAAGAAGGUAAUGUAAUCUUGUGCACUUAUGAAAGGGACAGCAACACAGUCUGUACUUGUCAUCCAGUCUGCACAAGACAGAGACGGGGAUAGAAAUAUGAUAGGGACGCAGUAACUAACGGUACACCUCUUCACAACUUAUGAGCUCCUGGUACUUCAAAACUCGAAAUCGCUUGUUUUGAGGGGACAAAACGGUGGAAAAUGAAUGAAAGGUUGACGUGACGGCACACUGCUACUGACAAACAUAUAACUGUCUCUUUCUGAUACGUAUAAUAAUUCCAUUUAAAAAAGAAGACAAACAAGAAGGUAAUGUAAUCUUGUGCACUUAUGAAAGGGACAGCAACACAGUCUGUACUUGUCAUCCAGUCUGCACAAGACAGAGACGGGGAUAGAAAUAUGAUAGGGACGCAGUAACUAACGGUACACCUCUUCACAACUUAUGAGCUCCUGGUACUUCAAAACUCGAAAUCGCUUGUUUUGAGGGGACAAAACGGUGGAAAAUGAGAAUGAAAGGUUGACGAAGGUUGACGUGACGGCACCGGCGAUUUCGGGUUUGAAGUACCAGGGACUCAUAAGUUGUGAAGAGGUGUGAAGUUAGUUACUGCGUCCCUAUCAUAUUUCUAUCCCCUUCUCUGUCUUGUGCAGACUGGAUGACACGUACAGACUACACACUAAAUAUACCUUAUAUUUGUCUUGUUUUUAAAUGGAAUAUUCAUACGUAUCAGAAAGAGACAGUUAUAUGUUUCUCCGUAGUUGUAAGCCACUUUGACAGCGACUACUGUCGUCUCUUUCUUGUGCAAAUGUGUGACGUAGCGGGGUGUUAUGACACCUACAGAAUAUUGCUAUCUUUUUACAUUGUUUUUACGUCUACCCUAUUUAGUUUUGGAUACUGAAAUUACUGAACUUAUGUCACUAUUUUUUUUAUUAGUUUGACAUAGUGCUGUCCUUCACUCGCAAUUGACGUUUAAUGUUGUCCUUUUGACACUUCCUAUAUCUACCCUCUUAAAACUUUGGAUUUUUAAUGUAGUAUGUUUUAUUCGUAUUAUAAUUAGUCAAGAUACCCUCUUGUUUAUGCACUAUUAUUAUGUUAUGAUUUCAACCGUAAUCGAAACGGUUCAUGUCACCAUUUCCAAUACUGUGUGUUUAUGUUAUUUACAAGCAUGUUUGUUAUAUUUGGGGGUUUGUUAAAAUAAAACAACGCAAUUUUUA